UUUAGUGCAGUGUUUCAUUCAAUGGUUGAUGUUAAAUACUGUACUCAUAAUAUUAACUGGUUGAAAAUCAGAGGGUUAUUCAAGAUGGCCACCAGUCAGCUAAAUCAGUUUUGGGAAAAUGUUGAUGAGAAAGUGCUAGAGUGUACCAUAUGCUUGAAGAGACUUCAAAAUCCUAAAUCCCUCAACUGCCUUCAUACAUUCUGUUUGGCAUGUCUUGAAGACUGGGUAAGGAAGGAGAAGGGCAAGCUGACUUGCCCAACUUGCUCAAAAUCAUAUCCCAUUCCAGAGGGCGGACUUCAAAAGCUUCCACCAAAUACUUUUAUAAUUAACUUAUUAGAAACCAUUGAACAAUUUUCUGAAAAAGAUCAGAUGAAAUGUGUUUGUGGAAAAGGACAGGCAAAAUACUAUUGCCAGGAGUGCAGACAGUACUUGUGUUCUGCUUGUAGUGACCAUCAUAAAAUAUUGCCAGUUUUGGCAAAUCACAAACUACAUUCAGUUGAGGAUGUGCAAUCGAUGACUCCUUUAGAGAUUGCAUCGUUACAUCCUCAGACGUGUUCUCUUCACAACGAGCCUUCAAUUUUGUUUUGCUACAUAUGCAAUGUUCCAAUUUGCAUGCAUUGCACAAUUACAGACCACAAGGUGUGGGAAGGGGAACACAAACCAAUCAGCAUUUCAGAAGAGUUCCAAAAAUUAAAAGAAACUUCAGCAACAUUGGAAAAAUCAGCCAAUGACUGCAAAACCAAAUUGCAAAAUGGCCUCAAAGAUGUUAUUCAGACUGUUACAGAACUAGAGAAAAGUAAAUGUAAGAGUUUGAGCGAUAUUGACAAUCAUGUGCAUGAAAUGGUCAAGAUAGUCCAGGAAAAUGGAGAUAAAAUGAAGAAUGAAGUAGAGACAAACUAUCAAAAGAAAAAGAAGGUGUUAGAUAUACAAAUAGAUGAACUAAAAUCAACCAUAUUUGGUAUAGACACAAAACUAAGUUUUCUUAAUCAGUUAUUGAAGAGUGAUGAUGCUACAGCAAUGCAAUCAAGUGAAACAUUAAAUUCAGCACUGAAGGAGAGAAUAAAUGAAUUGCCAAAAACAGAGCCUGACGAUAAUGGAAAAAUUUACUUCUUUGUAAACAAACAGCAAAUGGCUUCAUUGCAACAAUGUGAUAUUGGGACUGUAACACAAUUUGCAGUAGAUUGUUUAACAUUAAAGGGAGAGGAAUCUGUGACUCAAGGACAGACAUUUGUUGCCAAAGUGGCAAAAACAGGUGAAAGUGAAAUACCUGCAAAUCAACUGAAGGCAAAAUGUACACAGCUUAUUGAAAAAACCAGCAUCAUGCAAGUUCAAGAAGAUGACAAUGGAGAUUAUUCUGUGACAGGAAAAUGCACUAGUCCAGGAGUUUGUAAACUAUAUGUGAGUGCUGAUGGUAUACCAAUUAAACAGUCACCAAUGAUGAUCAAAGUAGAGAAGGAAGGAUUAGUAAAUAUCAUUAAAAUAAAAAAAGAAGAUGCUGUAAAUGUAAAUCGAUUCCAAUACAGUGGGGCAGUAAACAAAAAUGUUGAUGUAGUUAAGUGUGAAGAUGAUUGCUUACUGGUUUCAUGUGGGACAAAUGAAAUGCUGAAGUACAAGCAAUCAGGAGAAUAUAUUGGUAAGGUUACACUACCACAAGGUGUGAAAGUUGACAGAAUGUACAAAAUGAAGAAUGGUAACAUAGCUUUUAGAGAUACCGGUACAUUCAAUCAUGACAUCAAAGUAUGUAAUAUGUAUGGUCAGGUGAUCAAAUCAAUUGGUCAGGUGAUCCAAACAUUAAUUGGUCGUGGGUGGACGCAAUCAAUUGCUCAUGCUCAAAGAAUGUCAAUGGAUAAUGGUGGUAUACAUGUAGAUGAGGCAUCAAAUGUUAUGUAUGUAGCAGAUUGCGAAAAUGGCUGUGUGGUCAUGUUUGGUAUUGACAGUGGCAAAAUGAUGAAAACCAUAGGGUGCCAAGGUCAAUUAAAUAGAGCAACUGAUGUUACUCUUACAAAUCAAGGAAAUCUUCUUGUAUUGGAUAUGGGAUAUGGAUUACAACUAUUUGAUAAUGAGGGAAGGUUCCUGAAAGUCCUUGUCAAUGUCAUAGCAGGUAAUGGGAGGUAUCCACUAGCAGUAGUAGUUGAUGAAGAUGACAACAUCAUUAUAUCAAGUAAUCACAAACUAGAGCUAUUCAGUAGUGAUGGAAAUUUCAUUAAAAGAAUUAACAAACCAGAAGAUAAAAUCCAUCACCCAUUGGGAUUAUCCAUCAUUUCAUAUUAUCCAAGGAGACUUGCUGUAGCAGAUAAUGGGGACAACACUGUCAAAAUAUUCAAUUAUUAAUUUGUUUUAAAUUGUUUUAAAAUCAAAUUUUAAUCACCUAAUGAUAUAUCAGUUGCCAUAUAUAUAUUAUGAAUGCCUUCAAACAAAUGGGUAAUAGCAUCACAGUAUAAGAUAUUCUGCUGCUCUCUCAUUAGUGUGUUAUUUACAUUUUAUUCACUUGAAUGAAUACAAACAAAUAAUCGUAAGCAAUCAAUUAUCAAUUCAAAAUUCACCUACUAAUACUCAAAUACUCAGACACUUUUGUUCAUCCAUACAUGCAUACAGAGAAGUGUUUUCUGCUGGCAAAAUAAAUAAAUAUAAAAUCAAACUACAAAACAUUUCUACUUAAUUAUUUUACAGAGGUUGACAACCAGAACCUCUGAAUAUAUAUAGUAUAAUGCCAUGUAGAAAUUAUACAAAUUAUAAAAAUAUUAUUAGACAUUAUUAUAUAAUUAGCUGUUAGAUACUUUGAUAUUAACAUUUAAAUAGACUUUGGCAAGUUUAUUUUAUAGGCCUAAUAAUUGCUUCAUUUAUACAAAUUUGUUCCUUUUAGGAGUUUUAUAAAAGUGUAUUAGUGAUAUUAUGAAUUUAAGUACUAAAUUCAUAAAUCAAAGAACAUUUUUUUAAAAUCUUUAUUAUAUUUGUUUUGAAACAACAAUAUUAAUAAUAUUGCUAUUUGAGUUAUGUGUUUCAGUAACAUAAGCUUAUUACUGAUAUUCAUUCCUUAUUUCUUUUUUUUUUUUGUGGAAAUGAAAUUACAAGAGUAAAAUCUUGGGUCUUCACAUUGGCAUGGAUUGAAGAUCUGUUGCUAGAAAUUGUACUGAAAUACAGUAAUGGUAAAUUCCACCCCACAUCCCUACCAAAAAAAUGUAACAGUCCACUCCCCUAAGGAGGUGAUUUGCUGAGGAGUAAUAAGUUUUAACAUGAAAGACUGAGACACAGAGCUUGCAAAAGGUUCGGUUAGAGAGGGAGUUAGGAAGUCAAAACAGGCUUUGGAUCCUUGGCAUGCCAAUAAACA